UCUCCAUACUCUUAAACUACUUCCGUCAUGUCUACUUGGGAGACACUAUACAACCGUCCAGGCCCGAAUCGCCUCCUACCAGCCGAGUCGUACCGCACUAGUGAUCCUAAAGAAGCGGUGAAAAUUCGUAAAGGCGCUGACGGUCUGGCUUCUGAGGAGCCCUUUUCCAUUCCCGGCCUGCUAAAGCGCACAGUGAACAACUAUGGCGACUAUCCAGCUCUGCGCACGAAGAACGAGAAGAAGGAAUACACCACCGUUACCUACAAGCAAUAUGAACAGAAAGUGCAUCAAGUCGCCAAAGCGUUCAUCAAGCUCGGCCUGGAGCCACACCACUCUGUGGGUGUGCUGUCCUUUAAUUGCGCCGAAUGGUUUUACUCUGCAAUGGGCGCCAUACACGCUGGUGGUAUUAUCGCUGGCAUUUACACGACCAACUCAGCUGAGGCUUGUUUCCACGUUUUGGAAAAUUCGCGUGCACAAAUUGUCAUAGUCGAUGAAUCGAAGCAAAUGGAUAAGAUUAAAGAGAUUAAGGACAAGUUGCCACAUCUGAAAGCGGCCAUUCAAAUACAGGAACCGUAUGCGCCGUACAUGAAGAAGGAGGAUGGCUACUACAGAUGGUCUGAAAUCGAGGCGAUGGUUGUUGCGGAAGUUGAAGAAGAGUACAAGAAGCGUCUGGAGAAUAUUGCCAUCAACCAGUGCUGUUGUCUGGUGUACACCUCUGGUACCGUGGGCAUGCCAAAGGGUGUGAUGCUUAGCCAUGACAACAUCUUCUUUAAUACGCGCGCCAUCACCAAGACGCUCUACAACGUUACGGCCGGCUCUGAGGUGGUCGUAUCCUACCUGCCACUGUCCCAUGUCGCCGCGCAGACAGUGGAUAUUUACACAGUCGCUUCCAUAGCCGGGUGCAUUUAUUUUGCCGACAAGGAUGCGUUGAAGGGUACAUUGGUGAAGACAUUGCAGGAUGCGCGUCCCACACGAUUUAUGGGUGUGCCGCGUGUCUAUGAAAAAUUCCAGGAACGCAUGGUGGCCAUCGGUUCGUCGAAUGGUAGUUUGAAGAAGAUGCUCGCCAGCUGGGCCAAGGGUGUGACGCUGCGCCACUACAUGGAAGACCAAGGCAAAGGCUCUGGCGGUUUCGGCUACAACCUCGCUAAGAAAUUGGUUAUGUCCAAGGUGAAGCAAGCGCUCGGCUUUGAUCGCGUCAUCACACUUGUCACCGCCGCUGCGCCCAUGUCUCCCGAAACUAAGAAAUAUUUCCUCAGCUUGGAUAUGAAACUUUUGGAUGCCUUUGGCAUGUCUGAAGUCGGCGGCUGUCAUACUUUAUGCCUACCCGAUACACAGCCACUCAAUUCAAUUGGCAAAACAUUGCCCGGUUGUGAGACAAAGGUCAUCAACAAAGACGAGAAUGGACAUGGCGAGAUUUGCAUACGCGGCCGCCACGUUUUCAUGGGCUACAUCUUUAAUCCGGAGAAGACCGACGAAGCGCUCGACGACGAUUGUUGGCUGCACUCCGGUGACGUCGGUUACAUUGAUGACAAAGGCUAUGUUUACAUCACGGGACGCUCCAAAGAGAUCAUCAUCACGGCUGGUGGCGAAAAUAUACCACCAGUGCAUAUUGAGAACUUGAUAAAGAAGGAAUUGGAAGGCAUAUCGAAUGCCUUCUUGGUGGGCGAGCAGCGCAAAUAUUUAACUGUGUUGGUGUCCAUUAAGACCGAAAUGGAUCGCGAGACUGGUGCGCCGCUCGACGAACUCACACAUGAGUCCAUCACCUGGAUGAAGAGUUUGGGUGUGGAACAUAAAACACUGAGUGAGAUUCUGAAGGCUGGCCCCUGUCCCAAGGUGUGGAAGUCUAUUGAGGAUGGCAUCAAGCGCUCCAACAAGCACGCCAUUUCCAAUGCGCAAAAGGUGCAGAAAUUCACAAUACUGCCACAUGACUUCUCCAUUCCAACGGGCGAAUUGGGUCCCACUUUGAAGGUGAAACGUAAUGUUGUUUCCAAGCAGUAUGCCGAUGUUAUUGAAGCUCUUUAUGCCUAAGCUCACUGUGUGGCGAAGCUUUCCAAAACAAAGUACAACCGAGGCUGUUCGUGAUUCCUAAGCCUUUGCUGAAAUAGCAGUAAAGCAGUUGAAAAGAGAAUAUGUUUAGAAUAAACCUACUAACACAAAGUGAAAUACACAAAAUGAGGGUGCAUUUAUUACAACAAAGAGAUGCCGGGCUGUCUAGUAGAAUUUAAAAAAUAACAAAUAUGUACGACUUAUGUAAGUUUAGUUGGGUAGUUAAAAAUGUAUACGAAAUUUGAAACAUAUCCAUUCUGCUAGUUGUGUUCUUAAGUGGUAUGGAGUCGAUUUUCUAAACUAUUAGCGUUAGCUUUUUGGAAAACUCUUACUCGCAUGUUCUACUUAAGCCACUCACUCGGAUAUCUCCUUAAUUUCUAUUGCCUUUUGAAUUUCCCUGUCAACUAUGAAUUUAUAAGCGAAACUAAAAAGCAACAUUUUGAUUGUGCUUCUAUUAUCUGACACUUUUAUCUUCGCAUUCAUACAUAUAGACGAAAUACAUAUCUAUACAAUUGUGUAAAUAUAUUACAUUAUUCUAGUUUUAGCAAAAAAUGUUAUUCUAUGAUGAAACUUAUGAAAACCGUCGUUGAAAAUAUAUCAAACAAGUACUGAGAAAA